GAGAUGAAGUCCGAUCUGAGGGCGUGCAGCUAGCAAUUACUGGUCAAUGUAUGUCCUGUUGACCCCAGCUUAUCGUACAUCUCCUCGAGCUGCCGGGCUGGGGAUGGUUCCAAAUUCAGUCUCAGGACUCAUUGAUUAUAUAGUCGAGCCUGAUGCCUGAAACGCCCACGAGCCAUAGUCAACAACCGCUACGCUAGACUACGCAAUCUAAGUGUGGUUGCACAAAGUGAACAUCGCCAGCCAUGUGGGGGCUCACAGUUCUCUUACUUGGAUGGUUCUUGGUUGUUGUGGUUGAGGGAUGUGUUGCGCUUCGCACCAAAGUACCAGGGCCAUGGUAUAAUAAUUUCACCAGCAUGGUCCUCAAGUAUCACGAAUUUUCCAAGAAUCGCCGGCUGUGGAUUCAUCAUCUUCAUCGUCGAUAUGGGCCGGUGGUGCGCCUGUCGCCGAACGAAGUCUCGUUCGCCAAUCUCGAUGGCAUGAAAGAGAUCUAUCAAAGUGGAGGGAGCGGAUACGACAAGACCGAGUUCUACGAUUUGUUCAAGCAGUACAACAAUCGGACAAUGUUCUCAACCCUCAACCGGCACGACCAUGCGCGGCGAAAGAAGCUGUUUGCGGAAAAGUAUGCCAUGACCAAUGUCGUCAAUUCUGACAUUAUCCAAGGGAUUGAACAACGUGCGGCGAGCGUUGUGGCAAAGUGCACAGAGUCACUGGGCGGCCACCUCGAUGUUUAUGUGACGCUGCAUUGUUAUGCCCUCGACUGUGCCUCGCACUUUCUAUUCAAUCCCGGUGGAACUGAUUCGCUCAAUAAUCCGAAUGACUUGAGAUUGAUGCAGGAACUGUCUUAUCAUGACAGCAUCAGGCAACGAUGGAUUCAGCAUUACUGGCCUAUCUUGGACAGGGUCAACACAAUAUUUCGCCCUAAAGCCAUACCAUUGUCGUCCAAUUAUGUCCUUGGUCAAGCCCAGAACACCAAGGGUCAGUCCUCCUCUCUCUUGUACAAAUUGCAGAGCAAGUCGUCAGGGUUGCCUGCCAUCAAAAUCGCUGCAGAAUGUAUGGACCACAUGGCAGCUGGUAUCGACACGACUGGGGAUGCACUGUGUUUCUUGAUGCACGAAUUGUCGCUACCUCGUUGUCAGCACAUUCAAAAACAUCUUCACCAAGAGAUUGUUGACAAUCCCGACGUCAAGACCAAUGACUUGGUCUACCUGGAUGCUGUGGUCAAGGAAGGUCUUAGACUGUUCCCUCCUAUACCCAUGAGUCUCCCAAGAUACGUGCCUCGUGAGGGUCACAACAUCAGUGGAUACGACAUUCCAGGGGGGUCAAUUGUUAGUUGCCAGGCCUACACGCUGCAUCUGCUCAACCCAGAUGUCUUUCCAGAGGGUGACAGAUUUUUGCCGGAGCGUUGGUUGGAGAAAGAAGGGGAGGCUGAACGGAACAGGCUUUUCUUUGCAUUUGCAUCGGGUGGCAGGGGAUGCAUCGGCAAGAGUUUAGCAUUGAUGGAGAUGAAGACGCUGCUGCGGGAAGUGUACGGAAGGUUUAUCACCAAGGUGUCUCCACAAAUGAAAGGUGACAUGUCUAUCGAUGACCAGAUCAUCGCCUCAAGACCGAAAGAUCAAACAUGUCUUUUGGAGUUUGAGAGGCUGGCAGAGAUUGUAGAGCCGGUUUAAGAGACCUGUUUGUUGCUACCUUGUGGAUGAAGUCGAGUCUUCUCUUCUAGCCACCUCGGAGGUGUGUUUGUUGACCAUCAUCUCCUUUAUUUGCAUCAUUACUCUCGACCGACAGACAACCUGAAGGGAGGUCUUCAAAGGCUAGGCGGGGAAUUGUAGGACAACGCGGAGAAUGGUUGAGAAGGAGGAUUGCGGAAGACCUGUUGCGUCUAUUUAUGUUUAGAGUUAGCCAAAUACUUAACAUACC